AGGAGGAGGGCGGCCCUGCCUAGGCUGCGGCGGGGCCCCAUGGGCCUGGGGCACCCGUCGGGCCCCCGGGGGUAGGCUCGGGGCCGGUCGCCCCGCCGCCAUGUACACCUUCGUGGUGCGGGACGAGAACAGCAGCGUCUACGCGGAGGUCUCCCGGCUCCUCCUGGCCACCGGGCAGUGGAAGCGCCUGAGGAAGGACAACCCCCGCUUCAACCUGAUGCUGGGCGAGAGGAACCGGCUCCCCUUCGGCAGGCUGGGCCACGAACCUGGACUUGUGCAGUUGGUGAAUUAUUACAGGGGAGCAGACAAGCUGUGUCGCAAAGCAUCCCUGGUGAAGCUAAUCAAGACAAGCCCUGAGCUAUCAGAGUCUUGUACGUGGUUUCCCGAGUCAUAUGUGAUUUACCCAACAAACUUGAAGACCCCCGUGGCUCCGGCACAGAAUGGAAUUCACCAUCUCAUAAACAACACGAGGACAGAUGAGAGGGAGGUCUUCUUGGCAGCUUACAGCAGGCGUCGGGAAGGCAGAGAAGGCAAUGUGUGGAUUGCCAAGUCCUCAGCUGGUGCCAAAGGGGAAGGGAUCUUGAUUUCUUCAGAGGCUUCAGAGCUCCUGGAUUUCAUUGAUGAGCAGGGACAAGUGCACGUGAUUCAGAAAUACCUGGAGAAGCCUCUUCUUUUGGAGCCAGGGCAUCGCAAGUUUGAUAUCAGGAGCUGGGUUCUCGUAGAUCAUCUUUAUAAUAUCUACCUCUACAGAGAGGGUGUCCUGCGGACCUCUUCCGAACCAUAUAACAGUGCUAAUUUCCAGGACAAAACCUGCCACCUGACCAAUCACUGCAUUCAGAAGGAAUAUUCCAAAAAUUAUGGGCGGUAUGAGGAAGGGAAUGAAAUGUUCUUUGAAGAGUUCAACCAGUAUCUGAUGGAUGCACUGAACACAACGCUGGAGAAUAGCAUCUUACUGCAAAUCAAACACAUAAUAAGAAGCUGCCUUAUGUGUAUAGAGCCUGCAAUCAGCACAAAGCAUCUUCACUACCAGAGCUUCCAGCUCUUUGGCUUUGACUUCAUGGUUGAUGAGGAGUUAAAAGUCUGGCUCAUAGAAGUCAAUGGGGCUCCAGCUUGUGCCCAGAAGCUAUAUGCAGAACUCUGCCAAGGAAUUGUGGAUGUAGCCAUCUCUAGCGUUUUCCCCCUUGCUGACACUGGACAGAAGGCAAGCCAGCCAACAUCGAUCUUUAUCAAACUGUGAUGAUUACAGGAGUACAUCUGCUGUGCACAAGGAGGGACUGCACCCAUUGGGUCAGCACUGUUUAAUGGCUUAUCUCAGUAUUAUGCCAAAAAGUGAUAGGGACAGGCUUCUCUUUUUUUCUGGAAAGUCAUGGAGAAAAACAACAAAACAGGCAUCUACCUAAAGCUGCGAUGAUCCAGAGCUGCUGAGACAACUCUGCCUGCAUUCACCAAAAUCUACUUUAGAAAACAGCUCAUGUGACUUUGUUACCUGAAACAAAUCUCUGGGAGUAUAGCAAAAUAACCUUAAGAUGAAACCCCAACAGGGAUACUAUAAUACUGUAUUAGCUCCUCCUUUUCUAUAGAGAUAACAUGGUUUUUUUUUUUUUUUUUUUUUUUAAGGCAGUUGAGUGAAAAGUACAGUGAUCUUCUGGGACGUCAUGGUUGGAAAGUUUUCCUCCUUCCACUAUCUUUCUUCUUUCCUCACCUACUGCAUCAUUAGUGCCUUAGCUCAGCUCCAAAUAGGUUACUCCUUUCCUUUGUUCCUGCUCUAUCCUGUAGAAAGGAACAAGCCGUCUUGCAUCACAGGAUGCAUAACACUAGGAACACCAAGAAUUCAGUGUCCUUGGGUACUUUCAAAGCUGGCUGGCUGAACACCCAAGCAAUGACUGGCAAGGAUGCUGUUGGAAAGGGUGCUGAACUGCAGGCAGUGAAUUAACCCAAGCAGGGAAGGCAGUUUGUUUAUUAUAGUUAUCCCUCUUCCUAAUGAGAUUUGAUCAGUUUCCAUCCAAGUCUGAUGCCGUUGGUCUGUUUAAAACAGGCGGAGAGACUUUCCCUUGGGGCUCACCUGCAGGCCAUAGGAUUUCUAGCAUCACUUCUGUGCUAGGAGUGUUUCAAAUAGCUGGAAGCCAAUCUUCUCAGCUUCUUCUGAGACUCUAAUGUGAAUUUAGGCUCUUCUCUCAGCUUUCACCUUUAUGCCCUUGAGGCUGGAAUCUGAAACCUCUCAACUCGAAUGAUUUUUAUCAUUUUUAAUCCAAUUAAUUUGGUUCUCUUCUAUUUGACAAUUUACUACUACAGUCUACAGCUCAGUCCCAGCUAAGGGGAAGACAGGUGAGAUAUUGCAGACCAGGAGAUAUUUGUGUAUAGGUUUGCCACACAGCUGGGACAGGAUGAUAUUCUUGUGGGGAAGUUAAAUUCCUUGAGGAUCCUGAAUUUCAGAGCUAACGUACUCUGAGUAUACCCUAAGUCCUUGGCAUACUACCCAUUCUGUGAAGCUUAUCUGAAUUUUUAGCAUAGGCCCAGCAAACCCUUCCUAAGCUUAAUGUUCUCUGUGGAGCACAGCUGCAUUUCUAACAGCAGCUGGCUGUGUGAGUGAUAUCUUUCUGUGCUGUACCCCGGAUUUUCAUAUGAAGAGUCAAAAUUCAACAAUUAGAUCUCACUGUUCAAGAGACUGUAGCAGUGUCUGCGAAGAACUGAGCGUGCUCACAGGGUGCUGCACGCUGGUGGUCCUGGGUUAGGAGUUUCUUUCCAUGUUGCACACGAUGCGUGGAUGUAUGUUAGCUCUGAGGUUACAUGUUUGAAAGCAUGCUUCAGGGCAGAUUGCAAACAAGUGCCUGCUCAAGCAGCACAGAACUGAUUCCCGGUGAGGAGGGAAGGACAUGGAUUAUCUGAUUGAGAUCCCCACACGCUGCGUAGGAAACCGUCAUGGAAAACUGCAGCUCUGGGGGUUUGAAUUGAUUGCAGCAGGAGAGCAGAGUGUGCUGCUGAGGUCAGGACUGUGUUCUGCUGCCUCUGGCAGGGAGAGAUAGUUGACACAGAAAUAAACUGAUUCCUGUUACCCAAAAUAAACAAAUGAGGAGAUCAUGGUGGAUACAGUCCUCUAGCUGCCUGUGUGUAAUGGGAUGUAAAUCAAAGAGUGGGAUUUCUGCCUCUCACAAGAUCCUGAUGUUGUGAUGUAUUUGUCUCUGCUCAUGACUGUAAUGUCAAAGGGUCUUUGUGCCAGCUAAAGGCUCUGCAAACAGACUGUCCUGCCACCUUUCUGUUGGCAGAACUGAAGUGUACCGGCCUCGUUGGAGUAAGGCAUUUUGAUUGUACUGUAAUGGCACAGACAUCCAUUGCAAAAUGCUGUGGAUCCAUGCAUGGCGCCAUUUCACACCAGGAUGCUUAAAUCCAGAAGAGAACAGAGCACUUGGCAAGACCCAGCAGAAGCACUGCAGAAAGGAAGCAUUCCAGGAGGCCGCGCAAACACCUCUGAAGUUGUAAAUGCUCUGAGUGCUGCAUGCAUCAGUAUCUGCCCAGUGUGUGGCAGACACGAGGUGGGCUGAUCUGAGAAGCAACCAGGAGCAGUAGCUACAAGAGAGCAGCUUUACUGUAUUCCUCUGUGCUGUGUGCAAAGGAGCCUGGGCCGCAACUGUUACAAGGUGGCUUUGUUUCUGAACAGGACUCCCAAGUGCCAGGUCUGGUCUCUGGCUUUGGAACUUGUGUGUAUGCUGAAGGGUCACUGUGAACUCUUUGGCUUAUGAGUCAGGAGGCAGUGGGGAAGUAGUGAGUCGUAGAAUGGGAGAGAGAAGAUAUGGGAAAAGAACUGGUUGGGUUUUUUUAAUCUUAUUGUAGCAUAUGAGGUGUCAAAAUUUCCAUGCAAACCAGGCAAAGCAUGGUGGUAGCAUUCCAUGGUAAACAGGCUAUAAUGGUUAACAGGCAAAGCUACCUGUUCAUAGAAUCAUGGAGUCAUAGAAUUGCUCAGGUUGGAAAAGACCUUAAAGAUCAUCAAGUCCAACCGCAACCU